AUGCAGGUGGCACCUCUCCCUGAGGCGACUGACGCCUCUGCAACACCCCGAUCGAGAAAAGGCAUGGCAACUCAGUUGGCCGCACUGCCUGCGAUUGAACGGCUGAGUCCGGCAUGCAUUCGCAUCCUUGGCGGUAAUCCAGGCAAAUUCACCCUCCAGGGCACCAACACUUAUCUCCUGGGCACAGGAAGGCACCGCAUUCUGAUCGACACGGGCGAGGGCAAGCCCGCUUGGGCCGAAUCAGUCAAGUCUGCACUUGAGGAAGAGAAGGCGUCUAUCGAAACUGUGCUUGUCAGUCACUGGCAUCAUGAUCACACCGGAGGCCUAGCCGACAUCUUGAGCAUCUGCCCGGAGGCUCAAGUCUAUAAAAAUGAGCCCGAAGAUGGGCAACGAAAUAUCGCCGACGGCCAGACCUUUGGUGUUUCCGGGGCCAGCUUAACAGCGGUGCACUCCCCAGGUCAUACUACUGACCAUGUGACCUUUGUCUUCCACGAGGAGGACGCCAUGUUCACGGCAGAUAACGUACUGGGCCACGGCACAGCCGUUUUUGAGAACCUGGGUGUCUAUGUUGACAGUCUCGAACGUAUGCGUCACAUGUUCAAGGGGAGAGUCUAUCCCGGACAUGGGCCUGUUGUCUCCGAAGGACCGGCCAAGAUUAUCGAAUACAUCCGCCAUCGCCAGGAAAGGGAGAACCAAGUUUUACGGAUGCUACGGACCUCUCAUGAGCGGGCUGGUGUCGGCAGUCAAUCGGACGACUGGACCGUGAUGGAGCUUGUCAAGGUCAUAUACAAGGACGUCCCCGAAGCCCUGCAUGUUCCGGCAAGUGGCGGGGUGUUACAAAUCUUGCGCAAACUGGAAGCGGAGGGUCAAGUGGCACAGACGCCAGACGCCGAGAGGUGGAUCACGAACGAUAAGUCGUCGUUGUGAAUAGCUGUCGUGCCACUGCAGGCAACCGAAAGAAACGCAGUGCAUCAACAGUUGAAUUGACAUGUCAGAUUA